AUGACUGAAAAGCAAACCCCAACAACAACAUCAAGUGACUCUUCACAACAACUGUUCCUUCCUCAUUCCUAUCGACUCCACUUUGCCUAUUUCUCUCCUUCGCCAUCUCCUUCAAAUGUCAUCAAUUCCACAAGCACUACUUUGGAUUCUACACCCAAACACGAAUCCUAUCAUUAUUCCACACUCGUCCUCGCAUCUUCUCAUACAACAACAACAGUGAAUUCUGUCACGACACCUGUUCAUUCUCCGCAACAUUCUCAUGGAGAUGCUAUUCAUUGGUUGUCAUCACCUUCAUCAAAAUUAAAUUCAAAAUUAAUUCCAUAUAAAUCAUUUAAUAUUGAAUAUCGAAAAAAGUUAUCCUCGCAAUGGGUGGAUCAGAAUUUUGAUGAUAAAUUGAGGGAUCAUAGUUCUCGUCUCUCCAUCUAUGAAUAUACGCUUCAUGCCACUUGUCAACAGGAUGCCAUGAUGAUUUUCAAACCGAGUGUCAUGUCAUCGACUCCUUCACAACAUCAUCAUUCUCAACCGCUUCACACCACUUCAACAACAACACCAAUGACUCCUCCUCAUUUGAUAAACAAUUAUUCCAUGUCACCUAUUCAAUCUCCUGUCUCUGAAUCUCAUUUGAAUACAAGUACUUCAUUUUCUGAUUUUGAAGAUAUGGUUUUAAAGAGAAAUGAAGAAACUUUGGAAGAUUUAGAUGAUGACUUGAUAGAAGAAGAUGAAGAUUUGACAUCUGACACUGAAGAUGAAGAUAAUAUUGAAUAUUGUGUUGCGAGAUAUAUUCAUUUUGGUGAAAAUUCUGAAUCAUUGAGUCAAUCUGUGUUGAAUAAUGAAGGAGAAUUGAAAAAGAAGUUCGUUGAGUUACUUUCACUUUCCUAUCAUGUCAAUAUCGCUCAACUCUAUGACUUGUAUUUGGUGAUUGACACGAGCACAAGAAAUUCAACAUUGGAAUCAAAUUCUUUGAAAAUUACUGGUCUACUCUACACAAUGGAAUAUAUACCAUCGAGUAUCAAAUUAACAGAAUUACUUUCUCAGAAUUCUAUUCCAUCCUCAACUACUUCUUCAACAACAACCAACUCUCUUGAAACUAUCACACCCGAUGGUGCACUUUUCAUAUUUAAUCAAUUAUUAGAAGUGUUAAUGAUGUUUCACUCUAAAAACAAAGUCUUUCCAAAUAAGGCCAUGACCAGACAAUUAUUAGAAAAUGACAUGUUCAUUCGAGGAAAUGUAUCCAGUGAAUUACAAAAACAUGUUGGAAUUUAUUUGAAUGUUGAAAGUUAUUUAUUGUCAAUAUUGAAUCAAAAACAAGUGGUCGAAUUGACACAUGACAUGGAAUUAGGCAAGAUGGAAAAUAUUUGGAAUGCAGGUUAUUUACUUUUCAAACUCAUUGUUCAAAAAGAUUGUCCAAAUUUAACAAUGGGUUCUAUCGAUGAAGAAAAAACAAAUUCCAUUCUUGAAGAGAAUUGCAGUGAUCGAAGAAUUGUGUCACUUGUGAUGAAUCUUUUAACCAAUGACACGAGCAAGAGACCACAAAGUGUGUUUGAAAUUCUCUAUUCUCCAUGGUUGUUACGAUUUAAAAAAUUUAGAAUAUUCACAGAUAUGAAACAACGACAACAACAAUUCGAUUCCAUGAAUCAUCAAAUUCAAUUCCAUGAACGAAUGAAAUCAACCAUGAAUCAAUUAUUGAAUCCACUUCUCAUCUCUUCACGCAUGCAUUUGACCAGUUCAGAUCCGAAUGGAGGAAUGGUUGAUGCUGGAGGAGAUGGAAUGGAUCGAAACAUGAAUGGUGUCAGCAGUGGAGGAGGUUCUUCUGCUCGUAUACCAAGGAAAGGAACGUUAGCUGCUGUGAAUCAAAAGAAGAGAAUGAGUUUGAAAUUGUACUAUUCGACUGUCAGUUCAGAUCUGACUGAAGAAACUACUACUACAUCUCAACCAACAAGAAAUGGUGCAUCUAGUCCUACUUCAUCACCUCUCACACGAAAGAAUUCAUCAAAAUCUAAUUUGAUGGUUGGCAUGUUUAAGCAUCAAAAAUCAAAGACUGAAGUGCAAAUUACCAAGCCCUCUCAUCAUGAUCCAAAGGAGAAUGUGAAUGUCGAUGAAUAUUACCAAUUGGUGUUAAAGCAACAAAAGCAAAGCUUUAAAUUUGACACCAGUGUCAAGCACAACUACUUUGGUGUGACCAACAAUCAAAAGACAGUGACAUUACUACAAAAUAAGAUGUUUGGAUCCGAUUACUACACGAUUCGCUGUGAACAAAAGAUCACACCACUAAAUAACGAAAUUCAAUUCAAAAUUGAUAAGGUGAAUAUAGACAAUGAAAUUGUUAUUGGAAUAAUUUCAAAAGACUAUGACCACAAAAUUUCAACCAGAAGUGGAAUUUUAGGCAGUAAAAAGCUGUCCAACUCUUACGGCCUCAAUUUUGUUUCUGGCCAAGUCGGCCACAGUGAUCAGUGGAAAAAGUUCACGAAAAACAAGCUGCUAAGAGAUAAGGCUACUGUGGUGGUAAAUUUCAAUUUUGACAAGAGAUGUUUGAACGUUAAAAUGAUUCUAGAUGAUGCCAUCUCCGAUUUAGGUACAUGCUUCGAUGAUAGCAUUGAUAUUAAGAUUGAAUGGUAUUUUGCCGUUUCUCUGUAUAGAGAAAAGACCGCCCUCACGAUUGUACAAUAA